CGGGGCGGGGCCCUGGCGGGCCGAGCUCGCGGGCGUCCGCCGCCCCGGCAGGCGCUGGUGUUGAGCUUUGCAGCUACGGCGGCAGGGUCUCAUUAAGUUGCUGAGGCUGGCUUUGAACUUGGGAUCCUCUUGCCUCAGCUUCCUGAGCCACUGGGAUUACAGGUGUGUGCCACUACACCCAGCUUAUAUCUGCAUCUUGAAACCAGUGUUGAGCAGGCUAAUGGUGACAGGACUGGAAGUGGCUGUCCUGAAUCUCUUGGUAUCAGGACAUCUCUGCAAGGUCGCUGAGGUGGACAACCCCAAGGAAAUCAGCAGGUAUCAGCAGAGAGAGCCCUGCCAUCAGGAAAGCAGCACAAGACCAGGACCUACUGAUGGACCUUUUUCAGGACAACCCAACAGCCGUGGUGCUUUCCUAAGCUGCAGAAGACCUGGGCACACCUUCUGGAAGAGCCAUGAUGUUCAGGAGGGGUAGGGGCAGCUCUCAGCAGUGGCCUGGCCUGAGAGGGGAGUGUGGUUGCACAGGCCACCUAGGUAUGCUCAGAGCUGCCCUGCUGCUCAUCAGCUUACCAUGGGGGGCCCAAGGGAUGGCCAGUGCCAACCUCAGCACUGCUCUGGGCCACACUGUGCCAUUGACAGAGGGUCGUUACUUGAGCAUUGGAGAUGGCUCUGUGAUGGAGUUUGAGUUUCCUGAGGAGAGUGAGGGCAUCAUUGUGAUCUCAAGCCAAUACCCAGGCCAGGCAAAUGGAACAGGGCCUGGCCCCACACUGAAGGUCACAUCCCUGGACACAGAGGUGCUGACCAUCAAGAAUGUGAGUGCCAUAACCUGGGGUGGUGGGGGUGGCUUUGUUGUAAGCAUCCACUCAGGUCUGGCUGGACUGGCUCCACUCCAUAUCCAGCUCGUGGAACCUCAUGAGGCCUCACCCAUGCUGAUUGAGGAGCGGAGAGAUUUCUGCAUCAAGGUGUCACCUACUGAAGAUACCCCUGCUACCCUCAGCACCAGCCUGGUCCACUUCUCGGAGAACCCAAUACUCUACAUGCUCUUGCCUCUUAUCUUUGUCAACAAGUGUUCAUUUGGUUGUAAAGUAGAACUUGAGGUUCUGAAGGGGCUCCUGCAGAGCCCCCAGCCCAUGCUUCUGGGCCUCUUGGGCCAGUUUCUGGUCAUGCCCUUGUAUGCUUUCCUGAUGGCCAAAGUCUUCAUGCUGCCCAAGGCCCUGGCUUUGGGCCUCAUCAUUACCUGCUCAUCACCUGGAGGUGGGGGGAGCUACCUCUUUAGCCUCCUUCUUGGAGGGGACGUCACCCUGGCCAUCUCCAUGACUUUCAUCUCAACUGUAGCUGCCACUGGUUUCCUGCCACUGUCCUCAGCCCUCUACAGCUAUCUUCUCAGCAUCCAUGAAACUCUCCAUGUGCCCAUCUCCAAGAUCCUGGGGACCCUGCUAUUCAUUGCCAUCCCUAUUGCAGCAGGAGUGGUGAUCAAGUCCAAGCUCCCCAAGUUCUCUCAGCUGCUGCUUCAGGUCAUCAAGCCCUUCAGCUUUGUGCUCAUCCUGGGUGGCCUCUUCCUGGCUUACCGCAUGGGGGUAUUCAUCCUGGCAGGAGUCAGGCUACCCAUUGUACUGGUGGGCCUCACUGUGCCCCUGGUUGGCCUCUUGGUGGGCUACUGCCUGGCCACAUGCCUAAAGCUGCCAGUGGCCCAGCGGCGGACGGUCAGCAUUGAGGUAGGGGUGCAAAACAGCCUACUGGCUUUGGCCAUGCUACAGCUGUCCCUUCGCCGCCUUCAAGCAGACUAUGCCUCCCAGGCCCCCUUCAUUGUGGCCCUGAGUGGUACCUCAGAGAUGUUGGCCUUGGUCAUUGGCCACUUUAUCUAUAGCAACCUGUUCCCAGUUCCAUGAGGCACCUGGGUCAAGCUUUUAUCGCCCAACCACCACACUCCAUCCCCUGUCCCCACAGUUCUUGUGUACCAAAGGCCUUUAGUUCUCAUGCACUAUGCACUCAGACAAAUCCAAGCUUAUUUUUUUUUACUGGUUUUUUAUUCUCCAGCUUUCAGUGCCAAAGAGGCCAUGCUGAAUUAGGUAGGUGGGCAGUGCCCAGAAAAUAUAUUUCAAUAAAAGAGAGAAGCAAGCUCGGGUCCCUUCCAGUUUUUGCCCCUUAGGACCUGGAGGUGGGGGAAGGAAAAGUGUGUGUGGAUAAGUGUGGGCCAGGGUAAGGGUGAGCUUGAGUGGCACGGUGACCUCUGCCCUGGCUUUCUCUAUCAGUUCUUGCCAUUUAGCCCCUCACUGAGUGAGGUGGCCUCUUGGUUCUGGAUGAAG